AUGGGGAAUAAGAAGCACAUGCUUUCAAAGCUCCUUUUUGCUUGUUUUGUGUAUGAAGGUGAUAAUAUGAUUUCAGUUGGAGGAGUGGUGAUUAUGUUUAGUUUUCUGGUGGUGGCAUGUGCUAACAGUGGACCGGAGGGUGAUGAAAAGGGUAAGGGCAAGGCACUGACACAAAGUGAUGCAAAUGCCAUCUGUAGUAUAGUUAGGAAGCUGAGGGAACUGAGGAACAAUGUGACACAUAAUAUGAAAUUCGGGGAGAAAAUAGUGGAAGACUGUGAAAAAAUUGUAGCUCACUACAGUGCACGUGUUCAAACAAAAACAAUUUUAGUGGAUGUUUUGAAAGAAGUAAUUCCGGAAGAAGAUGAAAUUUUAACUGAAAUAAUAAAGCUUUUGAGCGAUAUGAAAGUACUGAAAGAUGAAUUAAGAAAUUUAGUUGCGCAAAUGCAUUCGUCGCUUGGAUAUAUGAGGUUGCCAUCGUGGAACCUUCUGAAUAUGUCUGACUCGUACGCGUACUGGAUUAAGGACACGGUGGAGAGUUUUGCCCACGCGGCACUUAGCACUCUAAGUUGUUGUCUUGUGGUGGAUGGAGGGGCAACGGGCGAUUGCAUGAAGAACGGUAAACGCGGCAGUGUUCCCAGAGACUGCAUAGUUGAGCCGCUACAGCGCAGCGAGGGUAGCCUUGCUGAGUACAAAAACCCUCUUGAUGAAGGACUCACUUUAACGAUGGGAAAUGCAGGAAACUACAGAAACUACUCGGAGUAUGGCUGCUAUAUCACGACGACACAUCAGUCUUACACUUCGGGGAGGAAAUCUCUCAUUUAUGAACUUUCAGGAGGACUCUUUUACACACAGAAUAACAACGUCGUUGCCAACUUCAGUUCUAUUGGAGAAGAAUUUCAGGAACUAAUCGAUCUGCUGAGUGCCAGCGUCAUAAAGAUAUCUGCAGGAAACACCUCCAUCACAGCUCAACGAGCUGUACUCGAUAGGUUGCUUCUGGAACUUGAAGAAAGAGUCAGAUAUAUUCUGGAAAAAAAGGAAACAACCAAUGAACUUACAGAAACACUAGGAAUAGUGAAACAUAUUCAUUGGAAUGAUAAAGAGAGUAAUGAGAGUGACAGUGUAGCAAGGGUUCAGCAAACUCUGCUAGGAGUGGCUCUGCUUCUUCUCCCAUUUGUAUUUGGAAAUAGUUGA